AUGGCCUCCCUCACCGCAACGCCCGCCGGCUCGGGCGCCAAAACGAGCUUCCUCAGCAACGGAAACAUCAUCAUCAAAGAGCUCGGAAGUGGUGCGUUCUCCCACGUCUACGCUUUCAUCCCAAAGCCCACAGCUGACCAGAUCAUCAGUGACUACGGAGCCAAUUCCCACGAUAGACCCGCAACACUUAGCAGACUUCGAUCUGCCAUCCAAGCCGUGAAGAUCAUCCACGAAGAUUACCUCCGGCAAACCGACAUGAACUGCCUCGCCGCUGAAGUUCAGGCCCUCCAGUUCCUCGACAAAGCAAGCCACCCCAACGUAGUCCACUCUUUCGCCUCAGGCACGCAUGAAGUUUGGCAAGCGUGGUACACCAUGGAGAUUCUCAGCGGUGGUGACUUGCAAUCGUUCCUUUCGAAGUAUACUGGGAAGUCAACACCACUUACGAAGCCACCAGAGUCGUUCGUUUGGCACGUACUCAAGUGCAUGGUCGAUGCCCUGCUACUACUCCACUUCGGCCGAGCAGGUCCCAAUCGCAACAGUAGGGACUGGCCAGGCUUUUACCACAGCGACAUCAAGGAGGAUAAUGUUCUCUUCCGGGUACCAGCCGAAGGAAAAGGCUUCGAAGACUUCCCGGACGCUGUUUUGGCAGAUUUCGGAAGUGUGGGUAAGUUAGAUCCGAACGCUGACCAAAGAACCAGGGACGCUUUCUUCCAGCGCCAGAAGUUGGAUGUACUGCAUGUGAUUAUGAGGAUCAUAGAUCCUUUGGUGAAUAGAGCAGGCUGUACCGAUUGCCGGCUUGUUGAAUUGUUUGAUCAAGCUAACAACAUCAGGCUGCAGGACGGGCUCGAGAGGAACACACCUGUGAAGAACUGGUUGAGACAGACGUCAGACCUCGCAGGUAAGAAGAGGGAAGAGCUUUACGAGCCGCUUGCAACGGACAUUCAGACGUACUUCUCGAAGCCAGCUGUGAGUGAUGCUGAGCUUGCAGCUGUGUUCCCAGAGCUCAGUAUGCCAGCUGCAUAG